AUGCUGAGGACACUGUUUGUCUCCCUCCUGGUUUCUUGUGUCACUGCCACAAAAGAAGGGGAAGCUGAGCUUCCCUUGUUAAAUGAUGCUAAGGCAGUUGAAACCUUUAUUGACUCUGCUGAGGUGGUGGUCAUUGGAUUCCUGGAGGGAGAGGACAGUCAUGGCUAUAAGGAACUCGUGGCGGCUUCAAAGAGGGUCGACUCAGUCCCCGUAGCCAUUUGUACCGUGAAAGAAGUGUGGGCCAGCUACAGUAUCCCCUCAGACACCAUUGCUCUUUUCAGAAAGGCAGACAACCACCAAGAGAACCUUGUACUUUCAGAGGCCAAGAAGUUAGAAAGUGAUGGUCUUGUGAACUUCAUUACCAUCAAUGAGGUCCGAUACUUUACAGAGUACAACCAAGUGACAGCAGUGGGUCUGUUCAACUCAGAGGUGAAGACGCAUCUGCUGCUCUUCGCAAACAGGGGCAGUAAAGAAUAUACUGAGCUGAAGAAGCAACUUGAAGUUCUGGCCCCAGAGUUCACAGGCAAGUUUUUGUUUGUUCUGAUUAAUGGGGCGGCAAAGUCCAACUUCCGCUCACUGAACUACUUUGGCCUCAAGUCUAAAGACCUCCCACGGGUCGGCAUCUAUGACGGCGACUCUGACAUGAAGUGGCUCCUACCUGAAGGAGAGAUUACACCUGAGAAAGUACAAGACUUCUGUCAGUCCUUCCUACGAGGUGACCUGAAGAAUGUGAAGCAGGCAGGAGCAGAACCCAAGACGGAGCUCUAG